CCUGUUUCUCGCUUAUGUUUCAUUUCCUCGCAGUCACUCGGGGCAAUCCGAAGAACUACUUUCAGGGCAGUUCUCGGUACCAUUCGGUUUUCGUGCUGGAUUUUGGGCAAUCGAAUCCGUCUGCGAGCAUUUAUUCGGACUAAAAUGAACCGUAGCUGAUUCCUGCAAUAGUUUUGUGCCGGUUUAGUGUUUUUUUGGUGCUCAAUUUUGUUUGAUUCCGACUGUCGAGAUGCCUUGUUCCGCGGUUACGUUAAGUUUGGCUACGAUUACUUCCAUCAUCGCCGUAGCGCUUCUCGCUAUAGCCUUUGCCACGGACAAUUGGCUAUAUAUCGAAGUUAAAAGGUCUACGAUGCAGGACAUAUUGAGCAGAAAUUCGGACGUUCAAAGCCAAACUCUCCUAGACUCGUUGAAUUCGAAAUACUAUUACUACACAAGGACAAAGGGAUUGUUCAGGACGUGCUUCCCUAAGGACAGACCAGCAACAGUGAAAUUGUACUUAAGCCCCUUGGAGACAUACUGCAGCAAUAUUAACUACUACAUCCCGGACGAGAAUAACGAAACCAAAGAUUUUACUGAUGAUGCGUGGACAAAAUUACAUAUGGGAAGAUCAAUGAUCGCGUUAUACAUCAUAUCGUUCUUUGCCGUAUUCGCUGCGUUUUGCACAGGAGUCACGGGCUGCUGGAGACGAUCACCCGGAAACAUAACUGCAACGGCUAUUCUGAUGCUUCUGGCUUGCCUUCUCAGUGCCGGAGCAAUGGGUCUGUGGCACGGUGUCGAGUAUUAUGAGAAGGAAAGGCAAGUUGGUGAGGAGUACUAUCAGCAGUGGAGCACUGUUUUAAAAGACAAGACGCGUUUCUUCUACGAUUGGAGCUACAUGCUGGCUUGGGCAGGAGUGGGAUGGUCAUUGGUGGCCGCCAUUUUGUUCAGUGGCGCCGCGGUUUGCCUGCGCGGCGAGCGGGAACGCGAGGAAGCUGUCAACAUGCAGUAUCUAAUGCCUGUUUACCCCCAAAAGCAACAAUAUGCUUAUGCUGGAUACCCUGUACCUCCUCAACCCUACUCAGGACCUUAUUACACCACCGGAUCUGCUUAUGGACCAUACAAUUACUGAGGUUUUGAGAAAAAUCCAAAACCCUUAUUUGUUUUGAAGAAGUUUAUAAAUUUUUCGCGAAACAAAUAUGUUCGUAGGGCAGACUGUUUUUUUUUUUCUGUAAGGAUGAGCGCAAAGUACAUUUAACAUGAACUGUAUCGCGAUGUGCUUAACAUAAGUCAGUCACGUGCAAAAUUUAUUACCAUAUUUUGAGGUAAUCAUUUUAUGUAAUGUUUCAAAUGUAACCAUUUAGAUCAAUUCGUAUCUUAUUUAUUGGCUUUAGUCUAUAAAAACUAUUUGUAAGUGUGUACAUUUUAUAUAUUAAGUUAAUGUACAAAAUGAUCGUUAGCGUUGGUAGAUAGACAUGGAGGUAUCAAAGCAUUCUGCCAUCUUACGAAUACUUCUUAGCUUAGGAUUUUUACAGAACACUAACAAAUGAGCGUUAGGUUAGGGAGUAUUAAACAAAUUGUUGCUGUGAUAAGCAAUAGUGUUCAAGAAUGUAUUACAAAACAUUCGGAAUUUUGGGUCUGAAAUGACAAAACCAGGUCCAACUAUUUUAUUCACCACCCGUAGUUGUUUCAUGCCUAAAACUUUACUCAAACUAACGAAAUUCAGUGGUCUGGUUAUUAAUUGUUGUAAGAACAAUUCAAUGUUUUAUAUGUACAUCACUUUGAUGAAGAGCAAAAAUAGUUUUACAUUACUACCAAUCAUUACGAAAUAUUUUUUAUACCCUAUAUCUAUCCUGAUAAGAUAUAUUUUAAAUAUUUAUAAUAGACCAAAAAGAAUAAAAUAUAUUAAAUUAA